AUGGAUUCGAAAAAUGAUUGGAUAUUAAAGAGUGUAACAGAAAUAACGAAACCGCUUGACAAAUACAAAAGUGAUGAAUCUAAAAGGAUCUCUGCAGGUGCAGAUAAGAGACACAGGAAAAAACAUCGUGAACUGAAAUAUAACUAUAAAGGUUCCAAGAAUAGGAUGCAUGAAAAAAGGAAGAAAUUUGAAGAGCUAGAAGACCAACAAGAAACCCCGGACAUGGACGGGAGCAGAAACAAGAUUUCUUCGGACAAAGUGAGUAAAAGCAGAAAGUCAGGGUUACCUACAACAAAUAAUCGUUCGGAAGAAUUCUCACAUGAACCCAAAACAAAGUACAGCAUGUCGAAAAAUAUGGGUAGUGAUUUCAUCAGGAAAAAAAUUGAAAAAAGUAAAACGGAAAGCAGCUCAACAGAGACAAGAGGAGACAAGCUGAGACAAGAGGCGCAAAAACAUCACGACAGAAGGAAUCACAGAAAAGACAUGCAAGAGCAAUCAAGCGAUUCCUCCAAGAAGACUGUGAAAAGGACUAAUGAAAAAUUAGAUCCAAGAACUGAUGUGGCAAGGAAAACGGGAGUUAAAAGUGAAAUCAAACAGAGUGUAAAAAGUCCCAGAAGUUGUGCAAUGAAAAAUUCGAGAAAGGUCAACAAAGUUAAAAAGGAGAGAAUAAAGAACAAAAAGUCAGAAGAGAAACUGGCAAAAACUGCUGAAAUUAUCGAAGAAACACUCACGAAAACUUUGGGCAAGAAUAAAGCAAAAGGAAUGACUGUGGAAAAGAAGGAUGUAAACACGUCCGGUACGAAUUCGGAAAGUAUCAGUGGAUCAGAAAAGAAGGAAGGAAAAAAGAUGGAGAAAGUAAGUAGAAAAAAGGGUAGGGAAUUUAAAGUCCCUGUUGAAUCUCAAAAGUCAUCGAGGAAGAUAAAAGUGAGGGAUUUGACUAGAAAGGAAAAAGACAGAAGUAUAUCUGAUAAAGAAUCAGAGAGUAUCAGCGAAUCAGAAAAAAAGCAACGAAAGGAGAAGCUAGAAGUAAAGGAAAAACAGGAAAGGUUUCUGAUGAGCUUAAUGAAUCUGAAAAGGUUAGAGAUACGAAGAAAGCCAAAAAACACAGAAAUAGUUGGGAAAAUACGAGUGAACAGUAUAAAAUAA